CUGAUGAACAAACUACGACGUCGUCGCUGGCUCUGUAUGGUCGUUUUUGUGUUGCUGGUUGUCUGGGUCUGUUUGAUCAGUAACAGUGUCAUGGUUCGGACAGUGGACACAGACUUACAGAGAUCAGUAGCGCGGCUAGGCGGCGACGUAGAGAAAACAUCAAAGAAAACUGUCAAGCCAGGAUGUAACUGUGUCAGUAUAUCAUUGCAAGCCAACAAAGAGACAGUCAACAUCAGCUCUUUGAUACGAUUCCCUCCAGUGCUGUUCAACGAGAACAUCGAUAAUUUUACCUUCGACAACGGUCAUCUCUUCCAGUGUACUCAACCAAACGGCCCAGGCCCGGAUGGAAUUGAGGACUUGAUGUGUAUCCCGAGACCCCACUAUCUGCCUGGGUACAAAAACCCAUGCUUCUAUGACAAAUAUCAACUGUUUUACUGUAUGCCAUACUACAUAAUUCUGGGCUUCGACAAGUGUGGAACCACUGACCUCUCCUACAGACUGCAACUACACCCGUCCGUGCUGAAAUCCAUCGCCUACCUGUACAAGGAAAUCUAUUACUGGAGCUGGCGCAGGUUUGGGUUGUUCGUGAAAACAAGCAUGCGUGUCAUGAAGUUCAGGGAAUAUUACAGCUCUUUUAACAACGCCAGCGACAUUAUAGAACCUCUGGCGGGGCAGGCUAACCAGCCUAUUGUAGGCGAUGGGGGUCCCACUGAUGGAUGGGACUUCAGGGGUUGGCAGAUGGACCCCCAGAAUGCGGGACUGUCUGAGCCAAGGGUUUUAGCCCCACAUCACAUAAGGCAUUUAUUGAAAGAACCCAGGUUCAUUGUCCUCAUGAGGGAACCUGCUGAACGGUUAUACUCAGACUACCUCUUCCUCCGCUAUGGCGAUUCGCCUGAAAAGUUUGACAGAGAUGCCAGGACAUCUAUAGAUAUGAUGAACGAAUGUCUGAAGGUCAAUACCACUCGACAGUGUUUCUACAGUCGCCAAUAUUUUCAGAAAACCCCAGCCAGGCUCCACAUCGGCUGUUAUUCCGUUUUUCUGAGAGAAUGGUUUUCGGUUUUCCAUAGAAAACAUUUCUUUUUUCUCCGUUCAGAGGAUUAUAAAAAAGAUAUCAGAGGAAAUCUGCAGGCAGUGUUUGCUUUUCUGGGAAUUGAUAGUUUACCAGACACACUCUUGGACACUAUCAGUGACCAGGAGAAGAGGCUGCAGACGACGCAAAAGAAGAAAGCAGGCCCCAUGUUACCGGAAACAAAAAAAAUGUUACAAGAUUUUUACCAGCCAUGUAACAAGGAUUUGGCUCAACUGUUGGGUGAUGACAAGUACCUGUGGAAUAACACGUGA